CCCGACACAUAGCCAAGAGACAGGCCUUCCUUGUUGCGGUCGUCGUUACGUGGCGUCACAUUUUCUAGCUGCUUUGUUCUCCUGCAGUCUGCAAAAAAAGCAUUGCGCCCUCACUCCUUUGCCUUCUCCUCCAGUCAAUCGCCCACCAUGGUCGAGACAGGCAAGCCCAUCUACGCCCUCAUCGACUAUGAGGACCCUUACGUGCAGCCUCUGAUUCUUUCCGCUUUCAAGUCCAAGCUGCCCGAGUCCUCUUACGAGCUCAUUAAGUCUCUGGACGAGUAUCCCUCGUCAGGCGGCCCGCUGCUCCAAUUCCGCGCAUACGAGGCCCUGGACUUUGACUCUGCGCUUGAGCGGCCUCGCUGCCUUAUCAAUGCAUACGUCAUCCGCAAAGCGCUGAUCCGGAAGCACUACCUCGCGACGACAUGCCACCAUUGGGUGGUCAAACAUCCGGACAGCGUGCUGAAAUCACACGUCAAGCCGAGCGUAGACUUUGAGCUGGACUACGCCGAGUUCCUUGACGAUGCGCUGGUCGAGGCGUUCGAGUUACACGAGAGUUGGCAGCGGAAUGAAGGCAAGAGCAACGAGGAAAAGGAAUGGUGGAUUCUGAAGCCGGGCAUGAGUGAUCGCGGCCAGGGCAUCCGCCUGUUCUCGUCGGAAGAAGAACUGCAAGCGAUUUUCGACGAGUGGGAAGCCGAGCGACCAGACUCGGACGACGAAGGCGAGGGCGAGGAUGAGGAGGAGGAGGGGGAAGAAGAGGUCGACGGCGCCUCCGCAAACGGAUCCUCUUCAAGAAUCUCCAAGAGCCAUUCCGCCACCGACGCCCGCAGCGACGCCGGAUCGGCCUCUUCGCACAAACCUCUCGACUUCUCCCAGAUCCAGGUCACCACGGAGCAGAAGAACUACGUCAUCACAUCGCAGCUGCGGCACUUCAUUGCGCAGCCGUACAUCCACCCGCCCCUCCAGUUCGAGGGCCGCAAAUUCCAUAUCCGGACGUACGUGCUGGCCGUCGGUGCGUUGAAAGUCUACGUCUACCAGCCCAUGCUCGCGCUCUUCGCCGCAGCGCCGUACGCGGCGCCAUGGGCGAGCUCGACCGCAGACGGCGGCAGCGGCCCCGACCUGCGCGCCCACCUCACCAACACGUGCCUGCAGGGCUCGGAGCAGCGCGAGGGCAGCGUGCGCGCGUUCUGGGACCUGCCCGACCAGGCAGAGGACGCCGCGUCGCCGCUCAAUGGCGUUGAUGGCGGCUGGAAAGCCCAUGUCUUCGACCAGAUUUGCAGCGUUACCGGUGCGGCAUUCGAGGCUGCCGCCCGUGAGAUGAUGAUUCAUUUCCAGCCGCUGCCGUCGGCGUUUGAGCUGUUUGGCUUGGAUUUUAUGGUCGAUGAGGCGGGCACGGCCUGGUUGCUGGAGGUUAAUGCGUUCCCGGAUUUCAGGCAGACGGGUGAUGAGCUGCAGGGCUUGGUGGAGGGCUUGAUGGAGGAGGUGGUCGAUGUGGCUGUGAAGCCGUUCUUUGGGCUGGGAGACGAGGCUGUGCAGGGGACGGAGAAGAUGCGCAUGGUUGCGGAUGUGGAUCUGGGGAAGCGAUGAGGCUAUGUUGGGGUGAGGGAUGGAGUGGACGAUUUGAUGGCAGCAAUGAGCAUUUUUGAUGGUUGGGAUGUUUGGUUUGGGAGACGAUAUCUGUUAGAAAGGUCUCUUUGGUUUGCCAUUUUGGCUACACGUAUAAGCCUUUUGAUUUGGACAGCACACAUAGGCUACAUGGAAUAUU